AUGGAUGAGGCCCCGGAUCCAAGAGCUCCUCGGCGCAAGAGGGUCUCCAGAGCCUGUGACAGGUGUCGCAGUAAAAAGGACAAAUGCGACGGCCUGCGUCCCGCUUGCUCCGCGUGUCAGGCUUCAGGCCAGACAUGCUCAUACGAUCCUCAUGCAAAGAAGCGCGGACUUCCUGAGGGUUAUGUCCGUGGUUUGGAAAAGCUCUGGGCUCUUUCGAUAUGUAAUAUUGAGGGCUUUGAAGAUACAAUGCUCUCGUUGUUGGGCACCACAGCCGAGUCGGCAGGCCGGAGAGAUAGGCUUAUGCGUCUCUGGGGCGACGAUGGCGCAUCAGAAACACUCCAUGAAUCUUGGAAGACGAGCCGCCUCUAUGGCGCUCUUGAAAAAAUGUUGUCAAGUUCCGAUACGCUGACGUUACAAAGUUCCGGCAAGCGUCCCCGAGAGGAACAAGAGGCUUCAGGGAAUGAAUGGGGGUUUCGCAUAGAUCGCGGCCCAGAUCCUCUGCCUUCUGACGGCCCUCGUGUUGUGGAGCCCUCUACUUCUUCUCCUCGCGCUAAAAGAAGUCGAUUAGCUCCUCCAACUGCUAGUCAACCUGCCUCCCUUACCACUACCAAUGGAUGUCCUGACUUACAGCUACCGCCUCAAACCUCGCAAUUGUUGGACGUAUAUUUUGCUGUCACCCACUCCUGGUUCCCGAUCGUAGCAAAACAUAAUAUCCUUCGGGCAUCUUACCUCUACGCAACAGCGCCAGUGUCCAUUACGCAGGCGGCUCCAGGAUCUGGCGACCAUGCUGCGCUGUGGGCCCUCAUCAGUUAUACAACCUCACAAUCACGGACAAAUCUGCAGAAUGGGGCAUCCAAGCUGCUUUCUAAAACAAAGGAGUAUUAUGCGGUUGCCUGGCGCUUGAUUCCUUCGGAAGUGGAGCAUUAUGAGCUUGGGCAUAUGCAGGCACUUCUCCUGCUGGUGUUGGUGAACAUCGGACUCGAGAAAUGGACUGCCGCUUGGCUGCUGACGGGUCAGGCAGUCCGCAUGGCUAUUUCCAUGGGUCUUGGCACAACUACAGACGUUCGACGAUCUGAUGAAUUGAGGCAAGGCAAAGCAGUCUUUCUUGGGUGUUUUGUUAUCGACUCGUUGAUAUCGUUUCGCCUGUCCCGAAGACCGUACAUGCAGUCACGGGAUCUUGCCGCUGUGGGCUUGUUAGAAGAAGACGGCUUGGAAGAAUGGAACUCAUGGGCGGAUGUUCUACCAGCCACCGCAGCGGGGCAGGCGAAGAAUCCUCCCCGGCGUGGUCCUCUUCUAGCCCUAAGUUGCUUCAACCGCCUCGUUGAGCUGGCUAGUGUUCUGAACAAGAUUGCUCAAGAUACUGCAGUCCGACAUAACACACAUGCUUUUGCGCAGCAGCUGGUGCUAGAGCUCAAACAAUGGGACGAUUGUCUGCCGCUAGGAUGCCGGCUUAUUGGCCCCGAGAGUAUCUAUCCAGAACGGCACUCAGCUUUGCUCCCGCAUCAGACAUACUUGGGUUUAACCUACAUAGCCACACUGCUAUGGCUUUAUUUGCGCAUUGCUCCCCAUGAACUCGGGCUGCACCGUUCACAACGGCCUGCUACCGAGGGCGCUAAGAAACUACUAUAUAGAGCUUUACCAAUGAUAUCACAGCAUCUUGAUAACUUCCGUAUCUGCGGCCUGCCGCCAAUAUUCGAGGUUUCCUUGCAUACAAUUUCCAAACAGGCAUUUACUUUGCGCAAUAAUAUCGAAUCCGACGCUUUCCCUUUUGAACGAUGGGCUGAAGCGCUUCUGCAACGGACGAAGGAGCUCUCCCCCUCUUGGCCUGUUUAUCGUUCGUUGACCACAAGUCUUGAACAAUGGUGUCGCUUAAAGGAGUUGUCAGCCCAUUCGCCAGCCACUUUCCCAAGAUCAAGAGACAAUUUACCAAUAGUUGUCCCCGAUGGACCUACCCAACCAUAUCCGUCCGAUAUCACGGAAGGUUACCGAGGUACAAAUGGCGAGGCAUCUAUGCAACGCGUCAGGAUGAACAACUCGCACGUGAUGGAUAACGACUAUACAUCUUCAAUCCUGGGGAUCAGUAUUCCGGUGGAUGGGCAAUAUAUGACGCCGAAAGACACGGAGAUGGAGAAUACGGACCCCUCGAGGGAUGCACCGCUUCAACCGCAGUACCAACAGAUGAACCAAGUAACGGCGCUGCUGGACAAGUCCAACUCUUCAAGUAGCCUCGAUGCGCUACUUCAACCUGCACAUCAAAAUCCACCUACGCCCGACUCCUCAGUAUCGAACACAAUAAUGUCCGGUAUGAACCCUAUCAAUGAUCAUUCUCUGUCUUCCGCAAACGCGAUGGACCUUGGCGCUGGAACUUCGGGUACCCCUGAGCGCCAAAUCUCAAAUAGCGAUCUAGAUUCUAUCUUCAAAGAUCUCGCAUAUCUUGAUACUACUGAAUGGGCCACCAGUCGCGAAGCAGGUUUGAAAGAUUUUGGCUUCCUCGAUGACUCUACCUUCCAGGCCUUCUGUCAUGAUCCAGAUCGUCUUGCGGGUCCUCAACCUUUACUUCAUCCACCUUCGAUCGCAGAUAUUUGGCCGCCGCCGGGUUUCUUCCCAGAAACGUUUCAAGACGCCUCUGAAGAUGCGAUGGAAAGUUAA